CCAUGUUCCGACCUCCACCCGGGGGGAGAGGUGAGGUAAGUUGGCGUGGGAAAGGGUUUCCAUGCCGGGACGAGGACAACAAGCCCCUCAUCGCAAAGGCCGGGGCCAUACCUCAGCUCGUUCGGACGCUCAGGGAGGGCUCGAUGGAGGCCCGCGGCGCGGCCGCGGCCGCGCUCGCGAACCUCGCGAGCAGGUGCCCGGAGAACCAGGACGCGGCCAGAGCUGCCCAUGGAGCCUGGAGGCUCCAGGGGGCGGCCUGCUCCAAGCCCUGUGUGGCCGGUCUCUUCCGCGACGGCCCGGUCGCCUCGCUCCAAGGCGUGGGCAGGCGGCUGUGAGGGGAGCCUCUCGAGGGCGACGGGAUCGACACGGAAGGGGCUCGUCACAGAAGGGUUGGGUCAGGCCGCGCCCGAGAGGAGGAAGAGGGGGAGCGAACGAGGAGCG